AUGUCUACCAAAUCUUACACACUCUCGUCAAUUGGCCUCCUGUGCCUAACUCUUUUGAGUUUACCUGGCUCAGCGCAGCCAACCGCCUCUCCCUUAGGCCCAAAAGGGCUUAACUGGGUGCUUCCCUUUGUUGGCGAUUGGAACUGCUUUCAGCAGGGUGAAGCAAAUGGGAGCGGUGGAGGUGGCAGCGGCGCCGGUGCAAACCUUACGUAUUCCAUCAAGAUCACCAAGGAUAAUUUGACCUUGGACUCCAUUCAACCGAGUCCAUUGCUCACAGCCCACUCUGUCAUCACUUACGACACCGAGAACGAAAUCUUCAACUACACUUACAGUGACAGUGGAGGCAACAGUGGACCUGGUACAUCUGUUGGUUGGGAGGAAGGGGGUCACUUUCGAUUCAUCACCUGGCCCCUGACCAAUCCCGGCAGACCGGGUAUCCAAGCUCGAACAAUGGAUGAUUUCCUGCGACCCACCAGCCCUGAUCAAUUUACCGACAAGUUUUACGCCAGCCAAGAUGGCGGGAACACAUGGCUGCCGGCAGGUCAACUCGACUGCACCCGUGCCCCCAGCUCCCACUAA